AUGACCAAUCCAUCAAUUGUCAUUGUCCCAGGCGCAUGGCACCGACCUGCACAUUUCCAAAGCCUCAUCGAUAAGCUCGCCGAGGCCAACUAUGAUGCAGAGGCUGUGACCAUGCCUGCAGUGGACUCCAACCCGCCACUCGCCAGCUGGGACCAGGACGCACAGGCCGUCCGACAAGUGAUCAUGAAGAAACUGGAUGCCGGAAAGGACGUCGUCGUGCUCGGACAUUCAUUUGGCGGCGUCGCCAUGUCUGAGGGAGCCAAGGGUCUAGGGAAGACAGAGCGGGAUUCACAGGGGUUGAGAGGAGGAAUCAUCAAGUUGGUCUACAUGUGCGCGAUGGCGUUGCCAGAAGGCCAGAGCCACAUCGGCCAGUUGGUCCCACAGACGCCUGAGGAGGAAGAGCUUGAGCGCCAGCGCAAGGAGUUAGAGGCUGAGCUUGGGGGGCUACAGGUGACUGCGGAUGGAGCAAUCGUGCUCCCAAAGGACCAUGUCCACCUCGUGUUCUAUAACCGCUGCGACCAGAAGGAUAUUGAUAGAGCCGUGGAGUUGUUGGGCACAUUCCCCAUUGGCCCAUUAUCCGUUCCUGUUACGUACACUGCCUAUCGUGAGAUCCCGAGCACGUAUAUUGUCUGCAAGAAUGACCUGGCAUUGCGAGAACCAUUCCAAAGGAGGAUGAUCGCGCAGGGAGAGGGUUGUUUUGAUGUGGAAGAAUGUGACGAGGGCCAUUCCCCGUUCAUGAGUAACCCGGGUCUGGAUGGAAUUCCCGAUGGGAUCUGCGCAAAUUGCAAGCGUCUGAGACGCCAGUGUACAUUCGAAUUUGCUAUAGCUCAAUCCAAUUCCUUUACCCGUAAGCGACCGAAGCGCAAUUACGGGGAAAGCAUUGGAUCAGCAACACGCAACGAAUCGAAUGACUUCGAUACAACGAUCGAGGAUGUGGCUAGGAGUCCAAGCAAUCAAUUCGAUGCCACCUUUGUUGCUAACCAAGUUGUUCUGGCGACUUGGCUGAAUCUCGAUUACGAUGAGAUCGACGCGGAUAGCGUCGCCGCGUUUUCAACCAAUAUCGAGCCUUCCAACUCGUUAUCUGCGCUUUGUUCUGGUCAUUUGGCGCCAACAGAGGCCCAACGUGAGGACGCAAAGAUCUUUGGUGACCGUCUUGUCCGGAUAUAUGAAGCAAUUGCAACAGCCAGUGCGUCGAGGUUCUUAGACUAUGACUGUAAUCUCUAUGCGACUGGGAGUCGCUACCGGCUGGGAGACGGUGACUCAGGGAGCUCGAAUGGAUCGGCACCCGCCAGGUCAACCGUGAAUCCAACCGCUAUUCAUCCCCGGUAUCCUCUUCCAGUAUCGUCCCAAGAAAUUCCCUAUGAAAUUUCGUUGGUGGGAAGCGUACGGUUUCUUGAUCAUUUGGGCGACCUCUAUGGCAAUCGACUAAACUCGGCUGCACGGAAGAAAUCAGAUGAGACUUUCAAAGCAGUUCUUCGUGCAUUCUCGAUGCAAUGGUUGCCGAGCUCGCCUUCCUUCGAACUGAACUCAGCUUAUGAUCAUUUUCCCGGGGAUUCAGACUCCGGAGAAGCAAGAGAUGAGUCUUCUUUGAACGCCUUCAUUGAUGUUUGGGUACGGGCCAGAUCACUUCUCAAUGAUGCGUACGAUAUUCGAUCGUUUCGAGUUGUAUUGGCUGCCCUGAUGUUUGUUGGGAUUGUUACACCAACUAAAAUAACCGACGGAGAGGAUCUCAUACCAAGCCGCUUCCUUGACGCGGCUUUGCAAAAGCUAUCCUACUUAGAUGGACUGGUCACGCAAUACUGUGCUAACCUAGGACCAUCAUCUACGUAUGGCCCUCUUGCCGAAGCAAGUUUGAGCAUUGUCCGGUGGACUGCAUAUAUUCGCGACACGGGAGCAGCGUUGGCGAUGGAUCGUCAAUGCAAGCUUCCAGACCUAUGGGGCACUACGAAAGUUCUUUCAAAUAAGGAGGCCGUAGCAGCAUUGGCAGUCUCUGGAAAUAUCCUCGAGUUGGAUAUCAAUGUCCAGCCCAUCUGCCGGAAAGCCAGCGCAGAAACAUUCUGUCUCUGGAGGAAGAUUAUAAACAUCAAAACCGUUGCUUCUCAGGUGCAUGGCACUAUUGAUGAACGAUUUUCUUCAAUUAUUGAAGCAAUAAAGUUGAGUGUGGCGGCUGUCCGUGACUUCAACCAAUCAUUUCAACCUUUCAUCUUGCAUUGCAUCAACAAUUUCCAUUGCCUGUCCACCUGUCCUAAAAUAUCCCUUGUUUCUCUCGUGAUGUUUUGGAACCUUGGCAUUUUCCAUUUCGUCCAGGUCUUCGAAAAAGUGACUGGAGAUCUUGGCCCCUCUGACCGUCAACAGGUAGGGUCAGCCGUCCGGGGAUAUCAGCGGGAUGCAGCCUCGUGUGUGACACGGGUUAUUGGAUGUGUACUCAACCUACCCGCCGAGGAAACCUUCAACCUCCAAAAUGGACUAGGUGGCGAAGUUCCGCUCACGGCCUAUCAUGUCACUCCCAGUUUGGCUGUCUCAGCCCUUCAGAGGGCCAUUGAGAGUGUGAUAGACCUGCAGCUAUACUCCAAUUGUGAUGCUAGGUCGUUGGAGGACAACGCACAGCUUUUGAUACCAGACGGGAUCUGGGAUCAGCAAAUUGACAUUCUCAUGAAAGGUCUGAUGUCGCUUGACGUUACUAUUGGCGGGUCACAGACCAGUGGCGUGGCCCUCAAAGAGCUGAUGCAUAACUACGGGGAUAUAAUAUCUGAUUGCUGGACAUCGGGGUUUGACUCGUGA